GCGGCAGCCAGCACGUGUGCCGUACAUGCGUGAUGACGUCGUUCUGUAGUAAUUCUCUGCGGAAGUCAGGCACGUAUUUGGGUUACGGCUUCGACAAUUCAUACCUUUGAGCGUGGUUGUGAAGAAAAUGUCCAUAGAUCCAAGGACUUUGCAACUAGAAGAAUGGGAAAUUGGUAAAAGGAAAUUCAGAUAUCUGUUCUUAUGCUCAGACUGUUCUUUUAAAUUGCGUAGUGGAAACCUAACAGAGGAUAAUAUGAUCCCUGUAUUUCUGGGUGCAGAUGUUGUUGCACAAACAGGCAUUAGAACAGAAAAUCACCCAAAACUCCAUGCAAAGUUCUCUAAGAAAGGAUUAGCAGCCAGACUUAACUUCAGCACUGACUUCAAGUUUGAGAGGCUGCGACUUCCCAGUGGAAUCAACACUUUGUGGUUCUACAGCAUUCAGGGAUUAUUUAGAGUGGCUUUUGACUUGUACGACAGAGAGGACCAACUGUCAGUCAUUGAAAACUUACAGAUUCUCUGGAAAAGUCGAAUCAAUGAUGGUCCUCUACAGAAGGAGUACAACCUAGAGAAUUGUCUUUCAAACCCAGAUUUGUCUGAAAAAUCCACUUUGCGAUGCCAGUCAGAGGAAGAGAGACACCUGUUCAACCAGUCUCCUAAUUCUUCAUAUGACCCAUGUAGGAAUGUGCCCAGUAUUCAUCUUAUUCCAGACAUUACUGAGCACAAUUACUGUUUGAGUGACUGUUAUGGUUCAAGAUCUAGUCACUGGGAGGAAGCCUCAGGCAGUGGUUUGGUCUUUCAGAAGAUAAAGACAUUAUUGCACAUCUCUACCAAUGAAUCUAUUAGCCUAAAUGAUCAAAUGAAGACUUCAGUUCUAAUGUUGCUGGAUGUCAUAGAACAUGUAAUCCAUGGGCUGCAAAACUUUGAUAAAAUGGCAUCAAGCAUAGUACAGCUUUUAGAUGCAGCAAGUUUCUUCUUUGUGGAAUCCAGCUCGGCCAAUGCAACGCCCUCUGUGUACGAUAACCGAUUGCUCCUUGAGGUUAGCAGCUGGCUUGGCAAUAGAUUCCAGCGCGAGAAUGACUGCAUAAGCAGACAAGUGGAAGAGUUCAAAAGGAAACAUAUUGAUCAUAUCUCCGACCUACCUCCUGCCCAGGAACUCGUAGCCGCUCUCUUUCCCAAGGCCAUGAAGGUCCUGUUCCUCAACUGGAUGGGAUUGUCUGAUAAAACAAAGCUCCAGAGCGAAUAUCCAAUCUUGCUCCUAAUGUUAGAAUUUGUUAACCGUAAUCUGAUUACAGGAGUUGCUCAUGUUUUAUAUUCCACUCUUAUCUGUAAAUAGACCAAAUGGGCUGUACAUGCCAAAUGUCUUCAUUUUAUAUGAAUCCCUGUCACUUUAUGUCAGGUUAAUCUAAGCUACAAGAAAACGUCUGGAAACCAGUAAAUAAUAUUACAGAACCAGUCUCUCCAGUU